AAAAGAAAAAGAAAAAAUAGUACAGGCGUGGAGGGCUUCUCAGAUAAAACCCUUCGUCUGCUUACUGCAAUUGGCGCUCUCUCUCUUAAAAGUCCAGAGAGAGAAACACAUUCAGAGAUGGAUAUGGGCAUGAGCUUAAGUUUUUCUCUUUUCCUUGUGCUUAUUGUAUAAUGAGCAAAGCUUUUAUUUUCUUCUUCUCAGAAGAAGAUGGCUCUGCAAGAAGAACCCCAAGAGCUACAGAACCCUCCAAUGGCUUUUGACGCUUUGUUUUGUGAAGAAGGUCUUGAGGAAGAUUUGGGAGACAAUGGUAUUGAGGAAGAGAGUGAGGGUUGUGUUGGGAAUAUGGAAAAGCAGUCAACUUUCCCUCUGGUUUUGCUAGAAAAUGACUUUUUUUGGGAAGAUGAUGAACUUGCCUCUCUAAUCUCCAAAGAGGAACAAACACAUGUGUGUUUCAGUGGUUCAAUCUCAGAUGGGCCUUUAAUGGCGGCUAGGAAAGAGGCAGUGGAGUGGAUUUUGAGUGUUAAGGCACACUAUGGGUUCUCUUCUUUGACCACUGUUUUAGCUGUGAACUACUUUGAUAGGUUCAUUGCCAGCCUACGGUUUCAGAGGGACAGGCCUUGGAUGAGUCAGCUCGCUGCCGUCGCUUGUGUGUCUUUGGCUGCCAAAGUGGAAGAGAUCCAUGUGCCUCUUCUCUUAGAUUUGCAAGUGGAGUCGUCAAAGUAUGUAUUUGAAGCAAAGACCAUUCAAAGAAUGGAGCUUUUGGUGCUAUCAACUCUUGGGUGGAGGAUGAAUCCAGUAACUCCAAAUUCAUUCUUUGAUCAUAUUAUCAGGAGGUUUGGUUUGAAGAUCCACUUGCGUUGGGAGUUUCUGUGGAGAUGUGAGCGCCUCCUUCUAUCUUUCAUUGCUG